CACUCUCUCUCUCUCUCUCUCUCUCUCUCUCUCUCUCUCUCUCUCUCUCUCUCUCUCAGUGUGUGCCGCAGUAAGCCAUCGUCGUCUGAGAAAUGAGAGACCGGUACUUUAAGAAUUUCAUGCGAGACCUCGAAGAAGAAACGUCAACAGUAGAUGGAGAUAAUGAACGAAGCGAGGUUAUUGCAAAAGAGUCUCAAGAUUUUAUCUUGAACCUUCUUAAAUUUCGUGCCUCCCCUCUCCGUAGCAAAUUCAGACAAUCCGCCCUAUAUCAGAAAUACUCUGUUGUGAGGGGUACAUGGCGGACCCAAGAAAGAAGAAUACUCGUCAACUGUAAUCUUUAUGAUGAUACUCCGGGGACUGCUUUCUUGCUCUUGAAAAGUUUUCUAGUGACUCGCAAAAUGGAUGAUCUCAACACCUCUGCUGACAUCAUCAAAGCUUGCUACUCUGCUUCUGAAUACUAUAGGAGUAUAACCUUUCUACGUGGAACUGCUGGAAUUUGUGCUCUUGGUGCUGUUGUGUCAAUGUACCAAGGAAAUACACAGAUGAUUGAACGCUAUAUGACCCGAUUCAAAAAGAUUGAAGUAAAGGACUAUAGGCGAGAUGGAAUCUUACACGGGAGAGCUGGACACUUAUGGGCAUGUCUGUUCUUGAAUAAGCACUUCCUUGAUGGAGUCAUUCCUUCAUCCUACACUAAUAGAUUAGUGAAUAAGAUGAUUGAAAAUGGAAGAAGUUUGGGCGCUGGAACAAGAUGCCCUUUGAUGUAUACAUAUUUUGGCACUAAACAUUAUGGUGCUGCUGAUGGUUUAGCUGGGAUUUUGCAUGUUUUGAUGCAUUUUGAUUUGACUCCUGAUGUACAAGAGGAUGUGAAAAAGAGCCUUAAGUACUUGAUUAAUACUAGAUUCCCUAGUGGGAACUAUCCCUCUAAAGAAGAUAAUCAGGAGGAUAUUUUGGUCCAAUGGUGUCAAGGAGCAUCUGGAAUGGCUCUCACCCUUGUCAAAGCUGCUGAGGUUUUUGGAGAUAAGGAGUUUGUGGAUGCAGCAAUGGAGGCUGGAGAAGUUGUGUGGAAACGUGGGUUAUUGAAAAGAGUUGGACUUUGUCAUGGGAUUAGUGGGAAUACUUAUGUUUUUUUGGCACUUUAUAGGUUGACAAAAAAUGAGGAGAUGUUGAAAAGGGCCAAGUUGUUUGCUUGUUUUUUACUUGGUAGAGGAGUGAAGCUUAUGAGGAAAAAGAAGAUGCAUAAAGGUGAUCAUCCGUUUUCCUUGUUUGAAGGAGUUGGAGGCAUGGCGUAUCUUUUCUUUGAUAUGAUGAAUCCUGAUGAAGCUAGAUUCCCUGGUUAUGAACUUUGAAAAUGUGUAAAAGUGUUGGAGAAUUGUAAAGAAGAGAUGAAUAUGAGAGGGUUUGUAAGUAAUUGUACAUGAUCUUUUGAAUGAAUAUGGG